AUGCGGAGUUCCGCGUUUCUCGUCGGCCUGGAGACCACCGCCUCCCCAUGUAGCACAUCCUGCAGGUCCCUGGCCGCCUGGCUCGCCUCGCUCCAGCUCAGCAUCUGCCAAGAUGGCAUACGCCGAAUGCGGCAGGCGCUGAAGCCAUUGUACAUCCGGGCGAUCAGGUCGUACCGCACGAUAUCGUACAUGGCGGCGACCACCCUGGCCGGGUCCCCUCUCGUGGAGUUCCUCUACGAGGAACGGCGAAUCCUCUACUGGAGGAUCAAGGAGCUCCGCGAGGAGGGGGUCUUAACGGCUAGGGACUCGCGGGCCUUAAAAUCCCAGGCCGUGGCCCGUACCCUGGAGAAGUGGGGGGACAUUUUGUCCGACCCACGGGGGUACGGGCGCGAGACGGCUGAGGCUGUCCGUCCCUGCCUGCCGGAGUUGGCCGGCAGGAGGGGAUGCGGACUGUCCUACCAUCUGGUGCAGGUGCUGACGGGCCAUGGGUGCUUUGGCAAGUACCUGCACCAAAUUGGGAAGGAGCUCACCACCAGGUGCCACCAUUGCCCCGUCCUGAUGGACACGGCGCUCAACACCUUGGCUGCAUGUCCAGCCUGGACUUACGGAAAUCUAACACCAUUCUCCAACGUUUAUGACCGUCCGUGCCUGCGUUUUUAG